CCCCGCAUAGCCUGGUCAGCGUCGCGCACGAUGUCCAGCCACGCCUUCGCAGCGACCCGCCCCCCACAGUGGAAGCAGCUCGCGCCCCCGCCGCUUCCCGGCCCGACCUUCGGGGCCCAAUCAUCGCUCCCGCGUUUGCCUGUCCCCGCACUGGCAGACACUUUAGCCAAGCUCAAGGACUCCAUCAGGCCGUCCGCCUGGUCCGAGGGCGAGUACACCGACGCUCUCAAGGCCGUCGAUCAGUUCGCCUCCAGCGAGUAUGCGCGCGAGCUCCAGCGGAGGCUGCAGGCGCGCGCCGAGGAACCAGGCCGUCCGCACUGGCUCGAGGAGUGGUGGGACGACUGGUCGUACAUGGGCUUCCGCGAGUCGGUUGUAGUAAAUGUCUCUUACUAUUACGGCUUCAGGGAACACCCUCCGCACCUACCGCAAACGGCCCUGCACCGCGCUGCUUCAAUUGUGCGUGCCGCGAUGCUGUUCCGCGAACAGUUUAAGCUCGGCGAAGUCCCUCCAGAAGCAACCAAGGAGGGCCCUAUAUGCAUGGACACAUGGAGGUGGAUGUUCGACUGCUGUCGGGUUCCUGGGCCCGAGGUUGACUGGUGCGUGAGCCAUGCCAAGGCUGGUGAUCGGGGCCGGUCCGGCCAUGUUGCGGUCCUGCAUCGCGGGCGCGUCUGGAAGCUCGAUCCAUGGCAGAACGGGCAGCUGCUCUCGCUCGAAGAGCUACAGAGACAGAUUCAACAUAUUUACGACAACACAACGAAGGAAUACCCGGCCAUCGGGGUACUUACUGCGUCAAAUCGGGAUGUGUGGGCGAAAGACUAUCGCGCCCUCGCUGCGGACGCCCAUAACGCAGAUAUCAUCACUGCCAUUCACUCUGCGGCAUUCGUCCUGUGCCUCGACACCGAGACCGCGCCAUCGCUCGUCGACCACAGCCGUAAUUUGUGGCACGGCGCGGUCGUACCUCAGUCUGGGAGCGCGCUCCCGCAACUCGGCCUCCGGAAUCGCUGGAUGGACAAACCCUGUCAGUUUGUCGUCUUCGCAGACGGCAAGGCCGGCUUCGUCGGGGAGCACUCCGUCAUGGACGGCACGCCAACCGUCGCGCUCUGCGACCACGUCAUAAACACGAUCGCGUCCCCGGACUUUGCCUCCCCCUCCUCCGCGUCCACCGAGGGCGCGCUGCCACAGCCGCUCGACUGGAAUGUUUCCGCCGAGACUGAGCGCGCGAUCACGGUCGCGACUGAGGCCGCCACCGCGCUCGUCACGUCGCAGACACUGAAUAUCGUGCGCACGCCGUACGGUAAGGCUGCCAUCAAGGCGUUCGGCGUGUCGCCCGACUCGUGGACGCAGAUGGUCGUGCAGCUUGCGUAUGCCCGCCUGCUGCGCUCGCGCGGGCAGAAACGUCAAGGGGGGACGUACGAGGCCGCGUCGGUGCGCAAAUUCCUGAAGGGCCGCACCGAGGCGAUUCGUGUCGUGACCUCACAGUCGGAUGCGUGGGUUCAGAGCAUGGAUGACGCGAGCGCGGGUGCAACGCGCAAGCUUGAGCUGUUCAAGAACGCGGUCAAGACGCAUGGCGCUUCAGCGCGGGCUGCGGGUAACGGGCUGGGUAUUGACCGCCAUCUACUCGGCCUCAAGCUUCUCGUGAAGGAGGGUGAGCAGAUGCCUGAGGUGUUCGCCAACCCGGUCGUAAAGCGUUCGAGCUACUGGGUGCUCAGCACGUCCGCAAUUUUCUCCAAGCACUUCGGGCCGUAUGGCUGGGGCGAGGUUGUCCCGGAUGGCUUCGGUGUGGCCUACAUGACCGGUUUCGACGACUACCUCCAGUUCACGAUCACGUCGCGCACUGAGAUGCCCAACGCUGAGUUUUGCGCGGAGCUUGAGCACGCUGCGAAGGACCUGUACGACCUCCACGCUCAGCGGCCUUCCAGCGAGAAGGCGAGGCUAUGACAGUUGCUUUGCACGGGGGGCACCUGCGAGUAGAUCUACGAGGACACUCGAGAGUGCAUUGUACUAACCAUUCUUUACGAAUCAAUGGGCUUUCGGUGAUUUGUCCGCGACGCUUGAGUUGCCUUCUAUGCUUGAAUAUAUG